AUGUUGUACGGUGGAAUCGACAAAAUCGACGUGCGGGAUCGAGCUGCAGGGGAGCUGCGGGAGGAAUUGUUCCAGAUUGAGGUCCAGGCCCUCGCUUCGUAUCGUGAUCAAGCAGCGAAGGCUGGCGUACCUCGGUCCAUCGAACGGUUUGCCAUGUGUCUUGCUGUCAACAAUGCGUCCUUGCAUGGCUUCGAUCGGUCGGCAGUCCCUAGUGACACUCAAUGCCAUGCUCUGGGAAUUACGAACAGCCCUCUAUUUCGUGGUUGCCUGGCGCCAUUUCCAAUGCUUUUAAUUGUGUCUAUUUCGUGGUUGCCUGGCGCCAUUUCCAAUGCCGACGAGAUCGACGACGCAGAGUUGUCACGAAACACACAGCCAUGCACAUGUCAUCAAGAGCCCGAGCCCCAAGCCCAGUCACAGAUCAUCGACACUUACCGUACGAGCUUCUCCUUUUCGACAACCUCGUUGGCCGAGAUUUCGGUUUCAGCGGUCCACGCUGCCGACUCUGUGAAGUCAUCCGAUGCCACAAUGGGCGAGGCCGUUGAUGAUCCCGUCGUUGUGUCAAGAUCCAUCGUGGACAACGCUCCGAUUCAUCAAGCUUUCGACGUCAAGGUUCCUGUGCCAGUUAGCAUCGGAGACAGGGCCGCCUUUACAGUCGUUCAGGUCCUCUGUCCGAUUGAUGCGACUGAAGCGGAGAUCGCGAUGGUCCUAGUGUUGUGA